GAGGCGAGCAUUUCUCAGUGCGAGUUGUCGGAGUGAGGAGGUGUCCGCGGCGCCACAGUUCGUAUCCCCGUGAACCCCCCUGUGGUUGGUGGUGGUGGUGUUUCUCCCCGUGUGUGAUAACCCCCCGAGGAUCCCCUGCCCGCCAGGGGGACUGGUGUUUGCGUACGGUGAUUAAUAGUGUGCGUGUGGAACGAUGAGGAGAGUGUGGAUUACGCUAGUGUUGGCGGCGGCGGCGGCGGGUGUGGCGUCUUCAGAGCGUGCAGGGUCGUCGUCGGGUCCGGAGUUCGACCUGGUGCGGCCGUCGGAGGGCUACCAUGGUCUGGUCUCCGAGGACGACACUGUCGUCGAGGUCCAGCCCGCCAUCCGCGCCUCGCCCGACGUCUGCUCCUUCAGGAUCGUCAACAAGCACCACGGAGAGGCGCCCUUCGUCAUCCGGUUGAGAGAUGACAUCACUGGCGAGGCCGAACUGCUAGCCAAGCGGCCCCUCAACUGUGAGAAGCGCAAGAACUACAAGUUUGACAUCACUGCCAUCUCCUGUGGCGGAGUCGAGUCUCAGAACAUAACAGUGCACGUGAAGGUGAACGACGUGAACGAAUAUGCCCCAGUGUUCCUGGAGCCAUCGUACGUGGUCGGAGUGGACGAGGGUCGCCUCUAUGAUGAGAUCCUCACCAUACAAGCCGAUGACCAGGACUGUUCGCCCAAGUUUGGAGACAUUUGCCGAUAUGAACUCAUCACUAAGGAUCAGCCAUUCAGUAUUGACAGCGAAGGUGUGGUCCGAAACACAGAACCUCUUGAUUAUGAAAAGUCCCACAACCACAUCCUCUCUGUGGUUGCCUAUGACUGCGGGAUGAAGCGCUCUCAACCAGUCAUGGUGACAGUAAAGGUCAAUCGUGUGUGCCAUCUGGGUUGGAAAGGAAUUCCAGAUCAGGUGGAAUAUUCUCCUGGAUCUGGUCGGCUGGAACUAUUCCCAUCCUCAUCACUCGAGUUGUGCAAUGUUCCGUGCCAUGUGGAGCGAGUCCAGGCUCGCAUUGGCCUCACCACCAACCACAUUGGUAAAGGCUGCGACCGAGACACGUAUUCAGUGGCGGCACAGAGGAAGAUGUGUGGAGCAAGCUCUGACAGCAUUGAGCUUCUCCCAGCCCCUGGAGCUGGCAAAGACUGGACUGCUGGCUUGCAUUCCGACGAGGGCCACGAGGGGGACCUCAUUUAUGAGUUUGAAGGCGACUCCUCCGGAGCAAUUGUACCCGAGUCUGUCCUUGAUCACAAUCUAACCAACAUCUUCACCAUCUCCACUUGGCUAAAACACAAGUCACAUCCAAAUAUGGACAAGCACACAAAGGAACAUGUUCUGUGCAAUGCUGAUGAUCACAAGAUGAACCGCCACCACACAGCCCUGUUUGUACGCAACUGUCGUCUUAUUCUCUUGCUGCGUCGCGAGUCCACCGAGGCUAACCUCAACACCUUCCAACCAGCAGAGUGGCGGUGGAAGCUUCCUCAGGUGUGUGACAACGAGUGGCAUCAUUACUCUGUUCAUGUCAAGUUCCCUGAAGUCACCCUGUAUGUUGAUGGACAUAUUUUCCGACCAGAGAAUGGAGAGUCGCCUGAGGUGAUAGACGACUGGCCUCUACAUCCAACACGAGGCAUCAACACCACCAUGACUGUUGGAGCAUGUUGGCAAGGAUCUGAGAGUAACAUGAAGCACGGGUUGACGGGUUACCUAGCUGGAUUGUCAGUACUAGUGGGUGCUCUGGAAUCACCACGCGUUCUGUCUUGCCUCACGCGCUGUCAAGAAGCCCUUGAUACUCCAGCCAUGGAAUUGCUGCAACCCAGUAUGGAACUUCUCACCAACAAUGAAAUGACACAGAUCACGAUUGAAGGCAAUAAUGUUACCAACUUGGAGACCCUUGUCCGGCGUGUGGCUUACGUUAAUGGCAGAGACUUCCCCACACCAGGACGCCGACCAAUCUCACUCACCACCAACAUUUUAUGGAGGAGAGAGAGAGUGAGCGAGCGACCCUCGGCUCGGGAUGAUGCCCGGUCGCUGUGUGAUUCUGGUAAGGCACUGAAGGUUGCAACUGCUCAGAGCUUUGUGGUAGUGAUGCAGCCGCACCAGCCAAGUAUUGAGCUCAAUGGCACUACAAACUUUGCCGAGGAAUACGAAUCAUUCCGCCAGGGACUUCGUGUUUUCCCCGAUGUUGGAGUAUACUUGUCAGCAGCUGCCGAAGAAGCCACUGCUCCCACCCCGGGGGGACAACUGGACGAGUGUGUAGUGUCCGUCUACCCACCUCUCAACCCUGAUCAUGAAACUUUAGUCCUCCCAGACAACCUCAUUUCAGAGCUGGGAUUAGUGUCAUCCAUCACCAGGCAGGGAGCAACAAUUUCAGGAACUCACACAACACAUCACUACCAGUCUAUCCUUCGUCAGAUUCACUACGCCAAUCGCAAGCCUGCAUAUUACCUCAACCGUGCUUUCAAACUAUCCUGCUCUGAGCUGGGAGGCAGAUUUACCAGCAAUGAAUAUGUCCAGACGGUGACAGUGAUCCACCCACAGUUAAGCGUGGAUAGGAAUUCGGGUCUAGUUGGUAGUAUCGGCCCUCUGUCCAACACCAUUCCUGAGAAUCCUCACCCUGGCUUACACACUCAUAAUCAGGGAGUAGAAAAUGGUGGACCCCUUACCCAUCAUAACCCACCACCUGUACCAGCUCAUGCAAAGAUCGCUGCUCACCAUGUCGAACUUAAACCCGCCCAUACUGUCAAUGACGUCUACUUUACCUCAAAUGUUAUGGAAGGAGUGGCAGUCAACAGUGCUGGACAUGCAGUGACCAUCAUUAUUGUUGUGUGUGUUGGCUUCUUGGUAUUCAUGGUGGUGCUGGGUGUGAUUCGUGUCCGUGCCGCCCACACGCGUCACGCUCACGAGGACGUGGCUGACGCAGAGAUGGCCUGGGAUGAUUCAUCCUUGAACAUCACCGUUAACCCUAUGGAGCAACAACUAGAACUGGCAGAGACACAGCGCCUGAGGGACGACGAUGACGACGAUGAUGACUCGUCUGAUGAUGGCAGUAACUUCAAUGAUGACUUGGAUUCUUCGGAUGAAGAUGAAGGAAAACCCAAAGAACUUGAGUGGGAUGAUUCCACCCUCAAGAUAUAAGAUUUUUUUUUUUUGUAUUAUUUUUUAGUUGUCUUGACUGAAGACCUACUGAGACACAGUGGGCUCGUUUAUAAAGGACAGAAUAAUCACAUCCUUCUUUUAGAGACUAACUCAAAAUUGUAAUAUUAUUUUUAAGUUAUUUUUUUUUAAUCUAGAGUAUUUUGAAAAAAAGCUUCUAAUUGCCCUUAACAGACUAAAUGAGACUGUACAAUACAAGCUGAACAUCCUAAGCAUUCUCUUCUCUGUGACUGGCUGGUCUCACUCUACUGCCAAGCACACUCCCAGUUUUGCUAAGUCACCCAGAUGACUAACCUUCAGAAAGAUGAGCUUGGAAUGUCAGUCAGUCAUUCAUUCAUCAGUUCUGUACACAGGGUCCAUUGUAAGUGUCUCGGAGAUUGUGGGAGGAUUAUCCGCUUGCAAAUAUUCGUUUGUUUGGGAGUACUUCUUGCGAAACAUUCCUGUCGUGGGAAUAGCCAUACACGCCACUAGUUAUUACGACAUUUGUUUUGUUACUGUGUUUGUUCAGAUGUUUUACAAAAUAGAAUAUAUUACUUGCAAAAGUCCACACAUUGCCUGAUCUUUAAAGAAAAAAUAUAUAUAUACAGUAUAUAUAUAUAUAUAUAUAUAUA